AUGGGGGGAGUGGGCAAGUUGAGUGUGCUCCACCUCUACAUUGGUAAAUCCCACGACGAUUUUGCCGCGGCUUUUGCCUCGCCGAACUUGGCUGGGGGCGGCGGAGGCUGUGUACCUGCGGCCACCGGUCCACUCCUCCAGUCCGACGCCAAGGUUAGCAGCGGCAGCAGCGGUUCGAGCUCCUUGGGCAACUAUGCCAAGCCCGCCGUGAACAUGUUCCACAGCCUAACUGCCCGCUCCAACUACUACUGCAACCUCCCUCAGUCCCAGUCGCACUCGGGCUACGUGUCGAAUCCUGUCACGGAGAUGUGCAACCAGGCGGACCGCGCGGUCGUGCAGGAUCUGGAGCAGGCGACGGCUGCCGCCAGGUCCACAAACUCGCCGGCGCCACUCGACGCUGUGACCGGCUUCGAGACCGGCUGCCACCUGAAUGGCGAGUCCAACGUCAUGCUUCUCAUCGGCUGGAAGACUGUCCACGCGAUCGCCCAUCAAACCGUGGAUGAGAUGUUCAACUGGGCGGAAGUUUUGGAACGCUGCCUCAUUGUGUUGGUAAACAUGAGUGAGGCUACUCCGUUGCCCCAAUUUCCCUCCACUCGAUCACGCGGUCCUCCCAACCCCAUGCGUCAUUGGUGCGCGCGGCUGGUGUUGGAGCCCGUCAUCACGAACAGUUGUACCGGUCAGCCGCGAGGAUGUGUGUAUGUUCAAACUGUUAUGUGCACACCCGCCGCACGUGGUUUGUGUGUGUGUGCGUGCAUGCCGGACGCCCGCGCUCUUGUGAUUGGCUGGCGCGGUGCCAGGCCAAGUGCGUGCGUGCGUGCGCGCACACGAACCACGAGCCAAGCGGCUCCAUUUUUUUCAUCUGCUAAUGUCCGCCGAUGCCGUGCGCUCACCACGCCACUAAAUGAGGUUUUCCCCACGCAAACCGAGCCUGCAUGUGAAGGUCACCGACGUGUGUUCGGAGGUGGAGCACAAGUCAGUCCGCCGGCUCUGGCUCGCCCCCCUCUUGCUCCAGUCGAUUUCUCCCCUCCCCUUCUCACUUGUUUACGUGUGUACCGUCCGCUCCACUUGCGUGGUUAUCACCAGCGUCGAUAUCACGCCUCCAUCACGCAGCAUGGACACAUACCCAGCUUGUGGGGUGUUGGCUCGGGUCUACCUUCUCACCACAGUGUGGUUUUGGAGGAUGCGUAUCAGCGUUGUCACGGUUUGUAUCACGCGCUGAGACUCUGGCUUGACCUUGUGUCAGGCCUUCAAGGCCAAACGUGUUGUCUAACCAGACACAGCAAGGCCAUUGGUGCGAGUUUGUGGGCCUUCCUCAUUGGUCAAAUUGACAGACCCCCAGACUGGUGUCGACUCGCCUCAGCCAACAGUGUUUUCCAAUGCGCGACGGCCCAUGGCGCCGGUUGCACACGAAUGCGCCUCGGCCACGUACUCAUCGCGCUGUGGUCCUCGCUGCACGUGCCACAAGCACGCACACACACCCUGCCAACUUCGGGGGUUGGGCUGCUGGGCAUUUUCUCGGCCGAAUUUCGAUACGAACCAGUCGUCGGGGCAGAAUCGGUGAACUUUAAACAUGGAAAAAGUGGUAGUCUCAAUGCAUUCGCGACUGUGGACAUGGUUUUCAUAGAUGUGGUGUUUCUUCUGUCGUGUGCCCUAAUCGCAAAGCUCAGAACCGGAGCCAAACUGAAGCUUGUGUUGAUGAACUGGAGUAUAGGAGAGGAUAUUAUUGCCAGCCUCGUUGUUCAAGUCCCCUCCAAUCAUCGCCUCGUUCAGGUGUUGGGGCUAGAUAACGCGCCGUUUUCCUCGUUGAUUUUUCGAAUUGUUAUUUCGGACGGUGAUUCACCCGGUUUGGUCUUGUUUUCCUUGUUGUUCUCGAGUGGUUGGCGUAACAUUGCACCACGUAUGGAGCACGAACUCGCCGUAUGA